UUUUUAUUUUACUUUAUCUUAUCUUGUUUAAAUCUCCAAAAAAAAAAAAAAAAAAAAAACAAAAAAAAAUUCUCAUUUUGCAGGUUAAAAAUAGCAGCAACAGCAAUGGAUAUGAUGUUUAGUAAUAGUAAUGCACAAAUUAGUUCAGACCCAUUUGGGAAUGAACUAAUGGAAGCACUCUCACCUUUCAUGAAAUCGACAACUCUUCCACCUUCUUCCGCCUCAACCACCUCAUGUUAUUCUUUUCCGGCGCCGGCUUCGGCGUCUUCAUUUUGUCUAGCCUCACCUUCUUCUUACAGUCUAGAUCCCACCACCACCACCACCUCUUUGUUUCAGGAUGGUUGCUAUUCAGAGCAGGCUCCCUUUUAUGGGCUAACCCAUCCAGAUCCAUCAACUACUUAUGGGCUAACCCAUUUCUCCCAGGCCCAAUUUAGUUACCCACAAGCCCAACCCCAACAAAUGAGCUAUUCAUUUCCACCACCACUUCCUUCUUACCAAUCCAGUAAUAUCAAUAAUUUUCUGUCUCCUAAACCCGUUACCAUGAAAUCUAACGGGCUUGCCUCGAAGCCGACUAAGCUUUACCGGGGCGUGAGGCAGCGUCACUGGGGUAAAUGGGUCGCUGAGAUCCGUUUGCCUAAGAACCGGACCCGGCUUUGGUUGGGUACCUUUGAUACGGCUGAAGAAGCCGCCUUGGCUUACGACAAGGCGGCUUAUAAGCUAAGAGGGGACUUUGCUAGGCUCAAUUUUCCUAACCUCCGCCAUGAAGGGUCCCACAUCGGUGGCGAAUUCGGCGAGUACAAACCCCUUCACUCCUCUGUUAACGCUAAACUUGAGGCUAUUUGUGAGAGUUUAGCUAAACAGGGGAAUGAGAAACAGGGGAAAUCUGGAAAGUCGAAGAAGAAAGAUAAAGAUGUUACUGUUACUUCAUGCUCUUCAUCAUCGUCGAGCUGCUGUACCACAGUCGCGGCAGCAUCGCAACAGCAUCAGCAGCAAACUUCACAGCAAUCGAUGUUGCAACACGGUGAUGUUAAAGCCGAGAGCACCUCCGAUAGCGAGGUGGGUUCCGGUGGAUCAUCACCGUUGUCGGAUUUGACAUUCGGAGAUAAUGAAGACAUGGGAUCGGAAAACUUCUUGUUGGCGUCUUACCCAUCUAAUGAGAUCGAUUGGGAUGCUAUAUUAUCAUCAUCAUCUUAAGAAUGAAUUAAAUUUGUCCAAGUAUGGGUUAUUAUUAAGUUAGGAGUUAAAAUGUGUCAUCAUAAAAGUCAUGUAAUGUUUGUGUAAAUUUUUUUCUUUUUAUUUUAAAUUAAAUUAGUAGCUUGUUAGUGGGUAGUUUCAGGGGAGGAGUGAUCUCUACAAUGAAGUUUUUGGAAAUUGUAGGGACUCCAAUCUUCUUUGAUGAGGCAAGUGUUUUUUUGAUCUUGCCUUUGAUCAAAUGAAGGGUAGUUUUUUUCUUAUUGUUUUUUUUUUUUUUAUGUUUAUAGUAGAAAAUUAGGAUUGUACUUUGAUGAUCAUUUUUAGUGAAGCAUUAUUAUUAUUUUUAUUAUAAA